CUCGACUCUGUGAACACAUGCUAGUCGGUCUGGUCUGGUCUGGUCUGGUAUGAGUGUGGUGCUCUGAGUUUCGUUGGGGCUGCAACCAGUUUGUUGGCAUCGAUCGUCCUUUGCGCUAGUGCAUGCUGCGGCCAGUGUGUAUUCCGUGGUCGCACUCGCAGUCGCUGUCUUAGUCGCAGUCGUAACCCCAACGAUCCAUAACUAACCGUAACUAAACCAAUCCGAACCGCAAUCGGUCUCUUAAGUUGACCCAAGUCUGUUAGUUCCUAUGCGGUCUCUCUCUGUGUGCGGCUCCAGAGGCUAUCGCGCUGUGUUCGACAUGUGAUUAUUUUUUUGCAUUGCACUUCCCUCCACUCGUCUCUGCCCGGGUAGACAGAAAUGUCUGAAAAUAUCUUCGGUAUGGAGCAGAUAUAAAAAGGAAUAAACGACACAGAGUGCCACAGUUAACGAAUGUUCUUGUGUAGAAAACUGAAGUGACGUCUACGGUUUGUCUGGCAAGAGAUAACAAAAAAUAAUUGUUUGCCGGUAGUGCUCCGAGACUCGGUCUCGGUCGCGGUUGAAGUCCCGGCUCCCAGUAACCAGUUAACGGCUCUCAGCUCUCGCUUCCACUCUCACUCUCAGUCAGUUGCUCUCUUGCCGACAUUUGUUUACGCAGCUCUCGGAGAUCAUCUCGCUUGCAUAACCAAGUGCAGCACACCUCUGAAGCAGAUUGCCAAUGCAGAUUGCAGAGGCAGAUACACAUCUAGAUUCUAGAACUACGCCGGCAGAAACUUUCGCGGCUGCCUGUGAAUAUUUUCUCAUCGUCUACGGUAAGUGCACAAUGAGUUAUGAAUGCGCUCGGCUACCACAUGUGCCACUAUCGCCCGGCAUUCUCCCUGCACGCUGCUCACUGCUCCCUGCUCACAGCUCGCGGUGGGCGUUGCAAACUGCCUUGUAAUUGCCUGACAUAAAUGCUCGUGUGUACAAGGCUUAAUGGCGAUAGCGGCAGGUACUGCGAGUAUGCUCGAUUGCACGAUUACCAUCUACAACUACAACAUAACGUUCAGUUAAUAUUCGGACGGAGUGUCGUAGUGGGACGGUCAUUGUCUGGCCACCAAAACAGGAAACGACUGCAAUAAGUCAUGUUUGGAGCUGACAAGAAGCCAUCUAUUCAGUCGGGUCCAUUUCGGGGGAACCUCACCGCCUAGAAAGGAAAACUGGUACGAAGUUUUCGCGCAUCUAAAAGCAAUGCAAAUAAAGAAGGAAGCCAGUUUGUUUAGCAAUAAACUAAGUAGGUCGAGGGAGAAUUUCUUACUUGAGCUCUGCUUAAGCCGGUUUUCGUCGUUGGUCUAACUUCAGCGUGGUUCUUGUCACUGUGGAUAAUCAAUGAUCAGCAAUAAAGUAGGUGAUCCAGUGAUUGGUGCACACUACUCUUGUCGAUCAAGAAGUCUCUCAUUACCCCAGAUUUAUGGCAUCAACCGGAAUGGUGUCCGCUCACUUGCCACUUACCUAAGAGUAUCAUAUAAAUUAUUUAAAAUAUGAUCGCCAUUCAUAAAUGACAGGGAGCCUGGGAGAACUGGUUUCUGUUAGGAUAUUUCGAUCCUUCUCUAAGCUCAACCAGUUUUUGUGGACUUCCCUGUUGCCCCAACUGUAAUCCAAUGCCAGGCGGCCCCAACUGAAGCUUUAACGCUCCACUCACCAGAAUGCUCCAAAUGAGCGAUUUUCCGGCCCUGCAGUUGCAGCAUUGCUGGGGAUGGGGCCCGCUUCCAUCCGUCCUCCCAUCACAUAAUUAGCAAACAUAGAAUUGCCAUUCUCCGCGAGCUACUGAUACCGCGCUCUAUCUUCCCCUUUCUGGCACUGCGCUCCGGAGUGCUCUCUGUGCAAAUACAAAUUAGUCGCGACAUGCCAGAUAAGCGAUCGUGUGUGCACUUUUCAAAAUACUCGAACAGAAGAGAACUAAAAAAGAGAAGUAACAACAUUUUGCCGUGGUCGCAAGGGGGCGGCGGUCAGCAACAGCACAAACCGAACUGUGGGCUCCGCUAUCACAAGAUCUUGCAUGCUCAAUUACCUUUCUCUCGUUGCAAAAGUGUGUAAUUAACUCUUUAGGCCCGAAAUUAAGUUAUUAUUGUCAAAAAGGAAAACCAACACUUCGUAUUGUUAUUCUUAUCGAUAGAAGCUCUCACUUAUUGCUUAUUACUAGGGGGCCCCUCUGUUUCGCCACUUUCCCUCUCUCUCUCUCUUUCAUUCUAUAUUCUUUCAUUCUGGUGCACGGGGACGGUGGGCCGGCCGUCCGCGGGUUUAACGCUAGCCCACGAAACCUCUCUACACUAGAUAAGACAGUUCACGGAGUCAUCCAAAUGUCACCCUGACUGCAAAUUAGAUUAAACUCGAUUCUAAAUCGAAUACCCAUCUGUGCAAGGAAAUUCCAAGGAAGAGGUCGUUGGAAAUGAACAGUCAGGCAGCAGAUUAAGGGGCUCCGAUUUUAAUCAAUCAAUAGAGCAUAACAUCACAGAGAAAGUCUGGGAAAAAGAAGUUUAACCCUACAAAUAAUUGCCGUGGGCGCAAAUUUUCCUUGGCACUGCCCUGUGCACACAAUACACAUCAGUUUCUGUUGGCAGUGUUUCUAUAAUUUGGAUACUGAUCGAUUUGUUGCCUUCUGGACGUGGGCGUGUACUGUCUAUGUGUGGACUAUGUUGAACAGUUUUUAAAUAGAGCUGUGUUCUUGUAUAAUGAAGGAAAGCAGUGAGCAAAAGCCCAACCGGUACGAACAUAUGUACCUAUGUUUGUGUGCCCAUACAUAUAAGCGAAUUCUUGAUUGGGGUCUACAAACAUUACCCCAAUGCACAUAACGCAUUCGCGCGUUGGCAGCACGAAGCAAUAACCAAAACAAAUGCUAUAAAACAUGCAGCACAAGGCAAGUGGGCAAAAAUUGAGAGAGAAAUAAAACAAAGCAGAGGAUAAAACUCACAGCGAUGCAACCCGUUCCAACACCAAAACGAACUCGAACAAGUUGCACGGCGACUGCAACAAGCAGCCAACUAACAACUGCAGCGAAAGCAACAGCAACAACAAGAGCAACAAAAACAACCACAAAGCGACAGCAACCAGCCAAUGUGUGUGAGGCUGCCUAUAUACAACGGCUUCUCUGGGUUUGUCUGUUUGUCUCUCCGCAGUUGUGUGUGUGUGUGCAGCCCCCACAUUUCUCCAAAUGCAAGCAACGUCAACGGCGCACAGUGGUCCUCAGGCAGUAGUCUUGCAGCAAGUGUGCUUGAGAACUGUCAGAAAUCAUUAUAUACUCCACUCCAGUCCACUCAGUCAACGAUUCUUGGCACGGCUCAAAAUUUAACAGAACUUCCACCGAGAAUCCGGACUUCUGAGCCACUGUGCUGUGUAGACCGUCACUUUAGUGUGCUCUCCUCUCUCGAUGCGGUUUUCGGUUCCGUUUCGUUGGCGGUGAGUGUCGGCGUCCACGCAAACACAGGCAAACAUGGCAUGCACACACUCUCUCGCAUUGGCACAUCACAUGCACGGGCACCAACACCAAGAAAAACGCUCUGCCGCGAAGCUUUUGAGUUCUUUGCAUCCGCGUCUUGCGGCCCAAUGCGAGUUGCCUUGUGCAUGCCAAAGAUUUCAGAUCGGAAAGCAACAGCAGCAGCAGAAGCUCGGCUCGCGACGCGCGCAACGUUUCCAGCGGUUUAUCCAUAUCGAUACCAGAUCUAAGCGACUCUAUAAAUAUUAAUUUUUUUUGCAUUGUGAAGCUCAAUUAAAAUAAGAGCCCAAUUAGACGGUGAUUGGUGAUUCAGUUCAGACAGCCAGCUCGCGUUUGCCGUCGGCAUUUGCAAAUGAAGUGUGAUCGCGUCAAAAAUGUUCGAGUGAUUUUUUGUUUGUUGUGUGACAAUUAAACCGAUAUCUCAGCAUAUACAGCAAAAAAGUAACAAUAUAUUUGGAGUCAAUUGAUUGGAAUAAGCCCAUGCGGAGUUUCUUCAAGCUAAUUCAACGAUUGAAUAACUAAAACCAUUUAAAAAUAUUCAUAAAAUUACACAAAUCCUAAUAGCUAUAUAUACAGAUAAUUAAAAAACAAAAGACAAUCUACAUAAACACAUAAACGUUACCUACAAAUAUUACAAAUAAUUCAACUAAUCAUAUAAAUAAUAACACAAAAAACUAUAAAUAAAUUAGUAAAGUUUCCAAUCAAUACCGCUAAACAGGUGCUUAACAAUCUAUUAUCCAGAGUCUACAAAUUGGGGAUUAGGCAACUAAAAGUGAAAAUUAACAUAACAUAAUUUAAAAUACCAUAAACAAUAGCUAUCAAUUUACUAAAUAAAUACUUAAACACACAAUAUUUUAAUCGAAAAAGGAUACAAAAUACGCACAUAUAACCGCAGUAAAAAUAUAAAAAUAAUCUCAUAAAUUGUGCUUAAAAAUAAUUCCUCUGGCAGUUCGAAAAAUGCUUCCCAUCUCGGACAACUGAAGUGUUAGAGACAUACAACCACAGCUGCAACUGAUUUUUCCAAGUUCAAGGACAUUUGAAUAUUCUGGGAUGGUUUCGGAGGAGAAUUGGAACAGCGACACCAUGUCCGACUCGGAUAUGAUCGACUCGAAGAACGAUGUGUGCGGCGGGGCCUCCAGCUCCAGCGGGAGCUCGAUCUCCCCGCGCACACCGCCAAACUGUGCCCGCUGUCGAAACCAUGGCCUGAAGAUCACCCUGAAGGGUCACAAGCGCUACUGCAAGUACCGCUAUUGCACCUGCGAGAAGUGCCGCCUGACGGCAGACCGUCAGCGGGUAAUGGCCCUACAGACGGCCCUGCGCCGCGCCCAAGCGCAGGACGAGCAGCGGGCGCUGCAUAUGCAUGAGGUGCCGCCUCCAUCGACGUCGACUACGGCCCUGCUGGGCCAUCACCACCACGUCGCUGCCACCGCCCACGUUCACGCACAUCAUGUCCAUCCGCACCAUGGUCACCACACCCUCUCCCAUCAUGGCCAUGUGCUGCACCAGCACCAGCAGGCAGUGGCCUCAGCGGCGGCGGCUCCUUCGCAGCCUCCGCCUUCCCACCUGAGUGGGGCCCACAAUGGGGCGGGAGCAACAGUGCCAGCCACUGCCUCCAGCCUGCAUGGUCACGCCCAUGUGCAUCAUGUACACAUGGCGGCAGCGGCAGCCGCCACAGUGGCUCAUCAGCAGCAGCAGCAGCAGCAACAGCAGCAGCAGCAGCAGCACCAGAGCCAGAGCCACCAGCACCAGCACCAUCCACAUCUUCAGCAUCCGCAACAGCACCAGCCACAGCACACGGCGCUCCGAUCUCCUCCACACAACGAGCACAACGCCGGAAGUGUUGGACCAGCCACCAGCAGCUCAGGAGGCGGAGCCAGCUCAGGCAGUGGCGCCGCUGCCACCUCAAGCAGUGCAUCCAGCAGCGGCGGAGCUGGUGGAAGGUCAGCCAGUGGCGGGGUCAGUGUUAUUACCAGUGCCGAUCCCCACAUGUCCACGGUACCCACACCAGCCCAAUCGCUGGAGGGCUCCUGCGAUUCAUCAUCUCCCUCGCCCUCGUCCACAUCCGGCGCCGCCAUUUUGCCGAUCUCAGUCUCCGUUAAUCGCAAGAAUGGCGCCAAUGUACCAUUGGGUCAAGAUGUAUUCCUAGAUUAUUGCCAAAAGCUAUUAGAGAAAUUCCGAUAUCCGUGGGAGCUGAUGCCGCUCAUGUAUGUGAUAUUGAAGGACGCUGACGCAAAUAUCGAAGAGGCUUCGCGUCGAAUCGAAGAGGGCCAGUACGUUGUGAAUGAGUACUCCCGUCAGCAUAAUUUAAAUAUCUAUGACGGGGGUGAGCUACGCAACACAACGCGGCAAUGUGGAUGAUAAUUUAUUCAUUAACUUAACUGAAAUAACGAAUAUUGCGAUUUUGUCUUUGCCCCGAUAUUUAUUGUUCAGCAUCACAAAAUCUUAGCCUAAUGCUUAAGCGAAAGAGUGCGCGCGGGUUCGACAUGAGUAAAAUCAAAUCAAAUCAAAGUAAAGUAACGUUAAAGUUAAUGUUUUAAGAAGCCAAAACCUCUGUAAAUAUAUCGAAUUUAUCGGUAAGCUAAAGCGCCACUGGAUUAUCUUCAAUCAACAAACCAAAUAUAUCGAUGUGUGAGCUGUGACCGACGCCAUUUCUUCUGCAAUCAAUAUACCCCCACUUUGAGGACGAUGUCUGCCUGUCAAUCAAUCAACAUUCAACAAUCAACAUUUUCUUCUCUCCAAUCAACACUCCCCAAUUGGAUGCUAUUCAACACUCAAGACUCAAAACUAAGCCGCCAACGAAAGAAGACGAAUAUAAAAAGUUAAUUUAAAGAUUUUUAAUAAUUUCGAAAGUGCCGCAAGUCAACAAUCUACAACACUCUUUCAACAAUCAACAAUCAACAAUCAACAAAAAUCUGCACAUCGGUUGCAUGAAUUUAGUUCAAAAUUUGGUUUAAGUCUUUCCUUAUUUCUUAUUUGUCUUUUCAUAGACUAGUAUUUGGGUUCCCUUUCCUCAAAGCUCUGCACACGAGUCACUUAAGUUAUUCCUUUGUUACCUUAGUACUUAAAUGAAGCAUUGAUGAGUUUGUGCCAAUAGGUGCCAUGAAGGAAGAUACAUACAUACAUCAUACAUGAUACAUAAAAACAUACUCAUCCAUAGGGACCUACCCGCUAAUCUCAAAACUGUUCGCUACGUACGAGUACAUACUACCUACUAUAUGAUAGUUUUUGUCCGAAGAUGGAAAACUAAUUUCCGGCUGGUGAUCUGCUACGAAAACACUGUUGUGAGAUGGUGCACAAAUCAAAUAAAAUAAAGUAUAUUUGUACGAGUUAAUAGGUUAACUCUUUCGAUGUACUGCGAAAAAACUCUACUUGUAAUAUUAAACAAUAAUAAUAAUUCUCAUUGUAUAAAUAUUGUUAUCGACUUAAGUAGGAUUUAGUCCAACGAAAUAUUAUAAAAAGGAUAAACCUGAAAAUGUCAAAAAUAAACUAUUUUCCCUAAUCAGCGAAAUCGGUUAGGCUAACCUUUAUUCCCGAGAGACCAAGAGGAUUUCGCAGCUCUACCCACCUCCUUGAGGCCAUUAACAAAUGGAAACGAAACCCGAAUCCCCAGAAAAUGGAAUUGCCUCAAGGGGGGGGGCAGAAAAGUAUCAGCUGCUGUUUGUUUUGUUGAUGACAUUAAAAAUUGUAACGAUUGCUUUUCAAGUUGUUGCCAUUUCACUGAAGCCAUUACCGUGCGACGUCCCAGAAGCAGAUGAAGUUUUCUGCUUUCAGUCCGGGAUUGGCAGUGGAGCCAGUUGUGGCAGUGGAGCGGUGUCGCUGUGGAUUGGGGCAGUACGGGAGCUGGGAGUUUGCCUGAGUCGCCACUGCUGCUGGGAUCGUAAAUGCAUCAUUAAACCGAAAAAUGCAUGCGAAAAAUUUACGACAUUGCCAACACCGUCGCUCAGAGGCUUGCCAAGAACCCAGCUUCGGUUUCAGUUCUCCUCAGUUUUUGACUGCUGCCUUGCUUGCUUUCCGGCAUGGGGAAGCUGCUCCAGCACCAGCACCAGCACCAGCUCCACUCCACGCUCCAGUCUACUGCCAGGUAGCUGCAAUCCUCCGGCCGUAACAGCUCAACAUCGUUUCUCGGCACUAAACACGUCACGAUGGUAUUUUAGGAAUUGUAGGAUGACUGCGACUGAGACUGGGCCAUGAAGAACGGGCUCCCUGGGUUGCCAUGGGUAGGCAAUGGCGACGUGUAAAUGUGGGCACCAUAAAGCUUAAAAGUGUUUAUGGUUGAAUUGUACGGGAAAGAGGCAGGGAGCGGGCUGGGAGGGGAUCGUUCAACAUGUGAGCUGACUCGAAGGCAAAGAAUC